CUGAAUGUUGGGACUUUCAAAAUGGUCCUCUUCAGUAUCCUUAGAACCCUUAUUCUUUGGGGAUUGAUGCCUUUUAUAGAAAACAGGGUCCCUAUGACAAGGAUGGAACAGUCUUCUGUUGCUUUCCUGGCUGAGUCCCCUACCUUGCCCCUGAUUCAGGACCUGCUAGAAGAAGCCCCUGGCCAGCAACAGAGGAAGCCACAGCACCUAGGACAUCCCCUGCGGUAUAUGCUGGAAUUGUACCAGCGUUCGGCUGACGCACAGGGACAUCCUAGGGAGAACCGCACAGUUGGUGCUAAAAUGGUAAGGCUGGUGAGGCCCUUGGCCAGUGUAGCAAGACCACUCAGAGGUCCUUGGCAUAUAAAGACCCUGAACUUUCCUCUCAGACCAAACCCAGUGGCUUACCAACUAAUCAGAGCCACUGUGGUUUACCGUCAUCAGCUCUACCUAGCUCACUUCCAUUUCUCCUGCUUUGUGAAGCCUUGGGUCCAGAAAAACCCAACCAACAAUUUUCCUUCUUCAAGAGGAGGUUCCUCAGAGCCUUCCCUUCUUUCUAAAGCUUGGCUAGAGAUGGACAUCACAGAACAUGUUCAAGGAAAGCUUUGGAAUCAUAAGGGGCGAAGGGUCCUAAGACUCCAUUUUAUGUGUCAACAUCACAAAGCUAGUGAGAUGCUUGAGCUCCAGUGGCAUGGGACUUCAUAUAUGGAUGUUGCUUUCUUGUUACUCUAUUUCAAUGACACCAAUAAAAAUAUUCAGAAGCCCAUAUUUCUCCCCGGAAGCCUACAGGAUGUUACGGAAAGGAAAUCCUCUCAUCUACUGCGAAAGUCUAGGCAAGCAGGCAGCAUUGCCUCUGAGGUUCCUGGCCCCUCUUGGGGACAUAAUGGGCCUGUGCAGAACCAAUGUUCCCUUCACACUUUCCAAGUCAGCUUCCACCAGCUGGGCUGGGAUCACUGGAUCAUUGCUCCCCAUCUGUAUACCCCAAACUACUGUAAGGGAGUCUGCCCUCGAGUGCUGCGUUAUGGUCUCAAUUCUCCGAAUCAUGCAAUCAUCCAGAACCUCAUCAAUGAGCUGGUGAACCAAAGUGUUCCUCAGCCCUCCUGUGUCCCUUAUAAAUAUGUUCCCAUUAGUAUCCUUCUGAUUGAGCCAAAUGGGAGUAUCUUAUACAAAGAGUAUGAGAAUAUGAUUGCUCAGUCCUGCACAUGCAGGUAG